CUCUUCCUCCCGCGUCCGGGGCCCCGCGGUGAGGGCUCCUGGGAGUCGGGCGCUGGCGUGGCCCUCGCCGCCGCCGCCGCCGCCGGCCCUCUGCCGUGACUGGACAGGGCCGCCGGGAGUGUGCGCGGCCGGAGUGAACGGAACGGGCGGGAGCUUUCCUGCCUAUGGGCGGCCCCUGGGCGCUCUGAGGGCCGGGCUCCGAGCGGCCGAGAAAAUGAUGCAUCCUGUUGCCGGCAGUAAUCCAGCGUUCUGUGGGCCUGGCAAGCCUUCCUGCCUCGGUGAAGAUGCCAUGAGAGCUGCUGAUCAGUUCGAUCUGUAUUCCUCCCAGCAAAACAAGUACAGCCACACAGUCAGCCACAAACCAAUGGUUUGUCAGAGGCAAGACCCAUUAAACGAAACACACUUGCAGCCUCCCAGUGGCAGAAACAUAGAGAUAAAAGAUGAACUAAAGAAAAAGAAAAACCUCAAUCGAUCUGGUAAGCGAGGCCGGCCUUCGGGAACCACCAAGUCAGCAGGAUACCGGACCAGCACAGGCAGACCCCUGGGAACUACCAAAGCAGCUGGAUUUAAAACGAGUCCAGGCAGACCUUUGGGUACAACCAAAGCUGCAGGAUAUAAAGUCAGCCCAGGGAGACCUCCAGGUAGCAUUAAAGCUCUGUCCCGUCUUGCAGAUCUUGGUUAUGGCUGUGGCACUGCUGCCUUUCCUUACCCUAUGAUGCAUAGUAGAGUGGUUCACGGGCUUCAGGAAACAAGUGGUGAAGUCAAGCCGCCCAGCGAGUGAGCAAGGCAGGAGAGCAGACAUUAGGAGCAGGUUGUUAGUCACCCCAAAGCGUCUUGUUUUCAUUUGACAUGAUCUUACCACGUGGACUCCCAGUGCUGUUUCUGUUUGCUCUUCCUCACCCUGCACUUCUUUUUCUUUCUUUUUGGCUCAGAAGUUGCCACAAUUGAGAGAUGGACUUUGGGCAGGAGUAGUACAUUGUGUCUGUAUUGUACACGGUUCACUCACGACCCUCAGCAGCUAAGGCAUUUCUGCUUUCCCUUUGUGAACUCCUCCCAUGCUAAGCAGCUGCCCAAGGUAACUUUUAUUUGUGAGUAACCUAUUGUGAGGCAUUGGAACUAAAGGGGCAAAACAGCAACUAGAGAGCAGAUCAGAGGGAUGGCUGUGUGAGCUUAGAACUCUGAAAUAAGACGCAGCUGUCUGGAAGCUUUGGAACUUAAAACACAGCUUCUUAUUUAUUGAUUCGCAUGACAUUAGUUGAUCAUUAAUACUAAAGCGUUGUUGAGUAUCUGCCUUGCAGAGAUUGUCGUUACAGGGUGUGUGUUUUUCAGUUGCCUAAGAACAUAGGCAUCGAACACUACAGACAACUCAGACUUAAAGCCCACACAUUAUAGUUAAUACACAGGAAAGAGAGCCCUUGAAAGUCUGCAUGUAACUAUAAUCAUUCUGUUUUGUCUUUUACAUACUUAGUUUCAAAGUAUUAUAUUUAAAAACAUUUAUUACUAUUGUUCAUUUAUUUAGAAUUUUUUUAGUUUUUCUGAGUAAUUGUUAUUACACUGUGUUAGUACUUAACUGAAUUUUCAGGUUUAUAUCUACCAAAGGACACAAAUUGAGUGGUCGACUGCACAAUUGAUCUAAGCAGAAAGCAGUUUCCUGGCUAUCAAGACCCAAAUACCAGUAAAUGCAAUAACUCAUUAUUCAUGAAACCUGUAAAAUGAGUGCUGGUUAGCAUAAGAAUGGCAUUGUGGCUCCAGGAUGAUCGCUUCUUCCGAAAGAAUUCUCCCUAGUGAGGCUUGCUUUAGGCACAGUAUAGAAAAGAGACAGAUACUGGGCAUGUCGGUAGACUUGUGAAGGGAAGCCUUCUUUUCUGAAUUUUGCUUGUUAAUACACAUUUUAUUUAUUCUGAGUUCUAAAUAAAUAUUGUGAACUUUGAAAUUGAGAAGCUUUCCCUGGGCCAGGUAUGGUGGCCCAUGAAUUUGAUCCCAGCAUUUGGGAAGCUGAGGCAGGCAGAUCUCUGAGUUUGAA